CGUUAUUGAAACCGUUAAAUGAUUUAAUGAAUAUCACGGUGGGCAAGCUACCAAUUUGUACCACAGACCGGUUAGCUAUAAUUUAAAACGCCAAGCAUAACAAAUAUUCACUGCACAUCAAACAUAUAAAUGUAGAGCAAAAUACUGAAAGGACAUUGUCUCUUCCACAAUAGCAUAUCGAGGGCCGCGUGGCCUAAUGGAUAAGGCGUCUGACUUCGGAUCAGAAGAUUGCAGGUUCGAGUCCUGCCGCGGUCGUAUGUUUUGAAGUCCUCAGAUACUAAAAUGCCCGUGCAACCCAAGCAGUUUCCCUCAGGAAAAUGUAAAUCCGUCAUUCGCGUUGAGCGAAAAGGCGCUCUGCUGAUCAAUAAGACGAUGGCGGAUGACACGGAGGAUGUUGAGCUGGACUUUGCUGCUGACGAGCAGGAGAGGGCGCGGAGAGACGCAGUCAUAAGACACCCCAUGGCCUCCUUUUUCCACCUGUUCUUCCGAGUGGUUGCCAUUGUUGCCUAUCUGCUCUGUGACUGGAUCAGCAAGAACUUUGCAUCAUGCUUUGUCCUGAUCAUCACUCUGCUCUCUUUUGACUUCUGGUCUGUCAAGAAUGUGACUGGCAGGCUGUUGGUGGGGCUGCGCUGGUGGAAUCAGAUUGACGAGGAUGGACGGAGCCUCUGGGUGUUUGAGGCCAAAAAAACCUCCCGGGGCAAUAACACUGGGACAGAGGCAGAGGCGAGGAUAUUUUGGCUGGGUCUAAUCAUUUGUCCUCUUAUUUGGACAUUCUUCUUCUUCACCUCCCUGUUCUCCCUGAAGAUUAAAUGGCUGUCUCUUGUGGUAGCUAGCAUUUCCCUCCAAGUGGCUAACCUCUAUGGUUACCUACGCUGCAAAGCAGUGGGACAAGAUGGCCAGCCUCCUCCAGACUCCCGCUCUUUCACAGGACAGCACCUCCUGCAGCGUCCAGACAUCAUUUUUGGAAUACUAUGAAGAUUACCUCCUCUGCCUAUAAAGCCACUCUACUGUGCGUGUGUUUGAGAAAGAGGUAGACACAGAGAGCUGCCUCAGAGUUUCCACAAACUGCAUCUACUUGAAUGGCUGUGUGCCUUGUGCAUGCCUUUGUUUCAUGCUGCUGACCGUUCACAUGUUGCCCAUGGAUCAGCUUGCCUAUUAUGUCAAUAAAAGAUAAGUGCAUUUUACAAUUUUUCCCACUUAGUGACUUAUU